UCACGUUCAGUAAACAGAUUUAUACUGCAUUGCUCAUUGCGGGAAAAGAAAUGUAUUGGUACGAUGAUGCCGAAAGAUCAGUGUACGCAUGGAAUGCGGUGGAUGUCGAAGUAAACGGGCUGCUGCAACACGGCCACGUCAUCGGCUUGGAUGAGAGCGACGGAGAUGCACCUCGUCUGAUUGUUGAUUUCCAGUGCAUGGCACAACGGUCGGUGUUGAUGGAUCACGGCAAAGCAUAUGACUGCUCCAGAAAGGGGAAAUCCGACAAGAUGCCGGAACCACUUGAAUGGACCGACCGAUUCAGUAGUGCGGCUGCGGGACCUGGGCAUCUAACCGUGGAGGUCUUACUCCGCGCCCAUUCCAAUCAACCCUGGACAUGGUUUCCCGCUAAGCUACUGCUAUUCCGCUUCGCAAACCGAAAGUACGCUUUCGCGGAGGCAGUACUUGGUGAGCAGCGCGUUCGCGAAGUGUUGCCUGUAAGCCAGAUCCGGCAGCCGUCCAAGACAGAGACGCUGCAAAAGAAAUUAUUGCCGCCGGGCCACUUUACCAUACGAACGUGCAGCGUGCCGGACGGAUACUGGCUGACGAUGGAACCAGCCAUGCCCGCCAUGUUCCGCAAGGAUUUGCAGCGUGAAUGCAGGAUUCAUUUAGUGUCGGUUCGCAGCCACACUUUACAUUACCUGCAACGGUCUGCUGAACCGCCGAUAAGCGACGAGGACGCAAGAAAGUCCGUCAAGCACGUGAUGUUUCGCAUCGAUCAUGGACUGGAUCCACUAUUACGAAUUCCGAACAACGAAGCCAGUGAACCACGCCGCAAAGCCGCGGCAACCGGGAAUGAGCGCGGUCUACCGCUGCCGCCCGAAUUACUGACGGAGGUUCUGACAUCGCUGUCCACCGUCGACCGACAGCGUUGCCGACGCACUUGUCAACUGUGGGAAGACAUUUUAACAUCCGCUGACGGGUCCCGAGAUCUACGUCUCUCGCUGCAGGAACCUAGCUUCUCAGCCCGGGUGGAGCGUGAUUGGAGCGCUGAUUACGCGGUAUACGGCUGCAUCUUCAAGCACUUUACGCCCGUCACCCGGACCAUCUCUCUGCACGAUCGGGAAGUAUCGGAUGAUAGUGGGAUGGAACUGGAAGACACGACGUACGCCAGCCAAGCGAUGGACUAUAUUAAACAGGUGUUGGACGAUGGCGCCUCCGGCAUCGAGCGGUUCAUUCUGCACCAACGGUCCAUGUCAAUAAUGGCUUUCAAUUAUUCCUUGGCGGAGUACUUUGACAGUGUCGCUGCACUGUACUCCAGCUGGGCGGCUUGCUGUAGGCGAAUAAUCUGGAAGGACAGUGUAUUGAAGUAUACCGAUGGAUUUGGCAUGACCGAGUUGGAGUUCCGCAUUCCCUACGCGGUAUUCAAUCUGAACACCUUAGAUGCGGCACAAAUUUGGGAGCUUUUCGAGCGAGCUUUGUGCUGGAAUAACUGGCUAGACGUGGAGUGUUUAGCGCAGCAGACGACGGAUCUGGUUCACCGGAAGUCGGAGACGGCCUGCAGUAAACUUGUCGAGCUCCUGGAGGCGUACCAAGAGCCCGAUCCGCGUCCGUCGGCGCAUUACUUCGGCCGGAAAUGGACAGUGGGUAAUCUGGAUUGUCUGGACGUCAGGAAACUGAAUCGGAUUUGCUUGUAUGCGUGGUCCUGGCACAUUGGACGUUGCUUUCCACCAUGAAUAUAUUAUGAUGGGGUCGACGGACUAGCGUACGCUACCCAUCGCUUGUCCUUUUUUCAGCCCUCUGCUGCUGUCAUCUGUGCCUUUUCAUACAAUUUGUCCGCUUUGAUCACUACAGAUUUGUGGCCGUGACAUCGUCAUUUUCACCUGAUGGCAACAUUGGCAAAGGUGGUUUACUAGCUUGCCAGUUUCCGAUCAAUAUCUAAACACAGUCCGUGCACUGAUGAAUAUGGUGAUGCGAUUAAAAAAGUUUUUGGUUAUGUUGCCAUGGCUAUGUUUUUCUUAACAUAUUUUGCCAUUUAAUACGUUAAAAAUCUGGUUUCUGGUGCAAACUUUUCAGUUCAUAAUGAAACCUAAGAAACCCCAGAAACCGCAGUUGAAAGAAAACUAAGAUACAAUAAAAACAGACCAAUCA